CUUUAUUCCAGUUGGUGGCAGUAAUGCGACAGUUAGGCUGCAAUCCUCAAAUAAACACCGAAGAAGAAGAGAAGAGCUGGUUCUUCAGUUUGGCGGUUUUCUGAGCUCACAAGUACGAGCAUCAAAGCAUCAUGAAGAAGAUAAAUCUGCAGAGACAGAGUUUACUGAAGAACAGAGAGAACAUGAGAGAUCUAGAACCCUGCAGAACCAAACACACUGAAGAACAAACAGAUCUGAUGGAGGAGAGUGAAGAGCAGAAAACUCAUCACGGCAAAACCAGUGAUAACAUUCGCUCACAGACCGAAAGAGUUUCUGUACUGAAAAGAAGAAACAAGAAAAGUUGCACCUGCACUCAGUGUGGAAAGAGUUUGUCAAACAACUUUACUCUCAGUGUUCACAUGAGGAUCCACACUGGAGAGAAACCGUUCACAUGUGAUCAGUGCGAGAAGAGCUUCACAGAUUUAGGAAGUCUGAGGAAUCACGAGAACAUCCACACCAGAGAGAAACUGCAUGAAUGUGAUCAGUGUGGAAAAACAUUUGUAAGAGCUUCACACCUGAAGAAUCACCUGAAAGUUCAUUCAAAAGAGAAACCACAUUCAUGUUCUUUAUGUGGAAAGAGCUUUUCAGAACUGAGGAAUUUAAAACUUCAUCAGACAAUACACACUGGUGUGAGAGAUCAUAUGUGCUUUGAGUGUGACAAGACUUUUAUUACAACUCAACAUUUAAAACUGCACCAGAGGAUCCACACUGGAGAGAAACCUUACAAGUGUUCACACUGCGACAAGAGAUUCAGUCGGUCAGGAGACCUGAAAUCACACGAGAGGAUUCACACUGGAGAGAAACCGUACAAGUGUGAUCAUUGUGGGAAGAGUUUCGCACACAACGGAAAUUUUAAGAAACACGUGAACAUCCACACUGGAGAGAAGCUGCACCCAUGUGAUCUGUGUGAAAAAACAUUUCUAAGAGCUUCACACCUGAAGAGUCACCUGAAAGUCCAUUCAAAGUAGGAACCACAUUCAUGUUCUUUGUGUGGAGAGAGUUUUACUCGUCUUCAGAGUUUAAAAGUUCAUCAGAAGAGACACACUGGUGUGAGAGAUCAUAUGUGCUUUGAGUGUGAGAAGACUUUUAUUACAAAUCAACAUUUAAAACUGCACCAGAGGAUCCACACUGUUUCACUCAAACAUCUACUACACAAACACACUAAACACAUUCAGAGUAAGAUCAUCUUCAGAUCCAGCACAAGUUAACAACUUUAUUAAUCCCACUAGUGACAGUUAGCAUAGUAGCAUCAUAUAACAAACACAAGAUAUCACAUAGAAAUACAGAAAACAAACAAGUAUCUUAUAACAAACACAAGAUAUCACAUAGAAAUACAGAAAACAAACAAGUA